CAACAACAGCACGCACUUUACAAAAGCAUGGAAAGUCCUCACGAGCACCAGCAGAGCCUCUUACUCUCGCGUAUCAUUGUCAAUGUUGAGAAGCUGAAUGAAGCCAUCAUGAUGCUGAACAAGAACCUCCAAGAGAUCAAUAUUCAGAACAUGGACACCGAGCUUGUUGCGCAAAUGUUCAAGAACUACCAAUCAAACGUCCUGUUCCAUCUCGAAGCAACAAACGGUCUGAAGGACCCAGCCUGAGUGGGAAGCGGUUCGCUUGCAUACAUAUCGAGCGGUACAUAUUGAAGACCUGUGACUGGAAGACGAGCAAAGAUGGAGGCAUGAUAGCAAGACGAUGAGGAUGUACGCAAUGAUACCCACAUAUUACAAGAACUUGAAACCACAAUUGAACUUCAUUCUUCCGGU